GCGACCGAACCCAUGGCGUUCAGUACCGCCCAUGUAGAUGCGCUACCAACUACCGACACUACAACAAAUCUACCGCUGUCACCAAAUGACAAUCAACAGAACAAUAACCAACCUAAUCCUAUGACACAAAACAACAGAAAGCCAUAGAAAGAACACGUGAAUUAUUUAGUGCUAAAUUUGUUGAAAUUUGUUUUCCCUAAAAUUAUCAUUAAAAACUAAACACAAAACAUUGAAGAAUAAAUAGUUACAAACGACGGACAGACACGAAGAAAACUAAAAACUGUAAGUUAACCUAAAUUUGGUAAAAAUCAUGCAAUGAAUGAAUAAAAUUUAUUAUAGCUUGAAGCUUACUCCACCAAAAAAGCGAGUUUGUCUGGAGAGAUUUUCUAAAACCCGUCCGUCCCGUAACAAUCUUCAAGAGUUUUUAUUUCAAUCAAUAGAUUGAUCUCUUGUAUGAUUGCCGUCACCACGGGCAAAACCACAUGUCCGACAAAGCGACGACCGAUCGGCAUUGUUCUAUCUGCGAGCAGCCAGACAACCAAGCGCCGAUGAUUGAGUGUGCUAGAUGCCACACGCGGUACCACAAUUCGUGUGCCGGCGCUCAGGAUGGUACAUCGGCAACCUCUAGCCCGUACUACUGCGAGAUGUGUGUACCUAGGUGCCCCGCGCCCUCCGUAUCGUCGUCUGCGUCUACAUCAGCUAGCGCGCGGGCUAGAUUGCAGAUACAGAUGCAAAAACUAGCUGAGGAGAAACGUCUCCAAGAACGAUUGAUUGCCGAGCGGGAAAAAGCAAUCGCGGAGAAAAUCGAGCUUGAGAAGGUGUAUAUUACACGUAAGUACGAUCUUCUCCUCGCUCAAGCGGAAGUGGAGGAGGAAUGCAAGAGUGUGCGCAGCCGACGUAGCAGUCGGAGAAGUAUCGCCAAGGUGCAGUCCUGGAUUGACAACCAGCCCGCGACCCUGACCACCAAUUCUGGGGAAACGAUCCCCACUGGAAUCACGUCGCAGCAGAGCAGUUCCUCAAACCAGGGCCCAAGCCUACAUUCCCGAAAUCCACCCCAGCCACGGGAGCAGCAGCCAGUCGAAACAGCGAAUGUAAUCGGCGCGCCCAAAGAUCAGUCCAUCGGAGCAGCGAUCCAGCCAUCUAGUAGCAUGGUGGAUUCGGUUUCGUCGUUUGCUAUAUCUAACAACGCUCCAGCAUCGAGCGCCGCGGUACUCAUUCCCGCGUGCCAAUCUACUCCCUUCGUAGCAUCGUCGGCAGCAAAUGUACAGCGUAGCCAGCCCGAUGACGUCGAUGCCGACCAGGAAGAGGACUACCACAACCGCACGUAUUCGGUGCAGAUCGACCGUUCCAUCAGCACCGGCAACCCACUGGAAGCCGAACAAAGUUUGUAUACAGGUUCGGCUCCGGUAAGUACGCCAACUAGACAUGUAAGGAUCGCAGCCGAUACAAAUGCAGCUAGUAGGGCACCUGAUGUGGGGGGAAUAAUUCAAUCGAAAUCAAAUCCGAUUGAGCAGUUGUUUGAUAUUAGUUCCUAUACUGCAGGUAGAGCCUAUCCCAUAGCACACGAAACUUUAUCAAACCAGCAUAGGGCAAUAGGAAACAAAACAAUAUUCCCAACUGUCACACCACCACACCCUACUAACACAGCUCCAAUGCGGAGUGUCUCGAGCUAUCCGGGCCCAAUAUUCUCGCUUCCAAUGGGUUCCUCCGCUCCUCCCUUCCCCUCAACGACAAACGUUCAACCGUUCGCGAGUGAUUCGGUCUUACCAAGAUCGACGAGUGCUUUACCGAUCAGUGCUACCGGUGUUCCAGUGACAGUGUAUGCGAGUAUAAGUGAACAACCAGUGCAUUCCUCUCCGUUUAUCGGCAACCGUUAUCACAGUGGAACCAUUUCGUCGGCACCGAUUAUCAACUCCAGACUAGGACAGCCAGCAAAUCCUCUGCCGAUUGGAUCGGCGCCAGUGAAUCCAAUUGGAAUACCGGCCGCUUCAGCAAUUUUCCCUGGAGCAGUCUCCGCUGCACCAGCGAGUGUACCAGGCUUCAACUAUUCUCCGUACCCACAGGCGGUACAAGGUGGUCCAGGUCAUCCCGUAUCUUCAGCAAGUUACGACGCUCAACUUUUCAACGCUCCCACCGCCCAGCAGCUGGCGGCCCGUCACGUCGUCCCUAAGGAACUUCCACCAUUUUCUGGGAAUCCUGCUGAAUGGCCGUUAUUUUGGAGCAGUUUCGAGACGUCGACGAGAAUUUGCGGCUACAGUGAUGCGGAGAACCUCAUGAGGCUUCAAAGAUGCCUUAAAGGAGAAGCCAGGAAGGCGGUGAACUGUUUCCUUCUCCACCCGUUGAAUGUUCAGGAAAUUCUUCGUACUUUGUGCACCCUCUACGGACGACCAGAAGCCAUCAUCGGGACAUUGCUUGCGGAGGUACGAGCUACUCCUGCUCCCCGAUCCGAGAAGUUGGAAACCGUCAUAAAUUUUGGACUGGCGGUACGGAAUCUCUGUGCCCACUUGAUAGCGACUGGGCAAGAGAUGCAUUUAGCGAACCCGAUGUUGAUCAACGAGUUGGUCGACAAACUUCCAGCCAACAUCAAGCUGGACUGGGCCUUGUAUACACAGCGCGUGGCACGCGCGGAUUUGCGAGCUUUCUCGGAGUAUAUGAACGUAAUCGUCGAUGCUGCGAGCCGGGUAACGCCGGUAAUGAAUAAACCGGAGAAAUCAAAGGAAAGAGCCGUCGUGAAUGCCCACGCGUCGGAAAGCUAUGCGAGCAAGAGCCGCGGAGAGCAGAAACCGAGUACGACGAAGACAAGCUACACAAACCCACCAGUAGGAGCUAGUGACAAGCCAUGCUUGGUUUGUAAGACUAGUGGGCACAAGCCGAAGGACUGCUCGUCUUUCCAAUCGAAAUCUCUGGAGAACCGAUGGAAAAUCGCGCAGGAACUUCACCUCUGCAGAAGAUGUCUUUACCCGCACGGAAAGUGGCCCUGCAAAGCAUCGCUGUGCGGCGCGGAUGGCUGUGAACAACGCCAUCACAAGCUGCUUCACCCCGGCGACCCAAGGGAAGAACGAGAAUCUACCGCAUCUUCAAGUGCUGUAACAGGAGUAGUAACUGUCCACCAAAACUGGCACAACAAAGUGCUAUUCAGAAUCAUUCCCGUUAUGUUGCACGCCAACGGCAGAUCCGUCCAAACCUUUGCCUUUCUAGACGGAGGGUCGGACUCAACUUUAGUGGAGAAGUCGCUAGUGGAUCAGCUCGGCGUGGAAGGAUCUGUGUCUCCACUGUGCAUGCAGUGGACCAACGGAGUUAAAAGAACCGAGGAAGAUUCCAGAAGGGUCCAAUUCAAUAUCUCCGGAGUAGGACAAGGCAAGCAGUUCCAGUUACGAGGCGUACAGACCGUGGAGAGUUUAGACCUACCCCACCAGUCGAUUCGCUUCGAGGAACUUGAAGGUCGAUUCGCCCAUCUGCGAGGAUUACCCGUCGUGAGUUAUCGUGAUGGAGUUCCGGGUAUCCUAAUCGGUCUGGACAACACCAAGGUGAAGACUUCCCUAAAGCAACGCGAAGGAAAAGCCAACGAACCGAUAGCCACCAAAACAAGGCUAGGAUGGGUGGUAUUCGGCCGUACCGGGACCCUUGAUCAAGCCCAGCCUAAUCGGGUCCUCCACGUCUGUACCCGUUCUCACGACGACGACCUCAACGAACUUGUCAAGCAGUUCUUCUCGACGGAAAGCGUAGGAGUGUCUGCUGCGAAGGUUACGGAAUCAGCGGAUGAUCAACGAGCACGAGAUAUUCUGGAAUCGACAACGGUUAGGACUCCCUCCGGUAAAUACCAAACAGGCCUUCUCUGGAGGUACGAUGCCGUCGAGUUUCCGAACAGUCGUCCAAUGGCCGAGCGACGUCUGAAAUGCCUUGAACAUCGCCUCACCAAGUCACCAGAACUCUACGAGAAAAUGAGACAGCUGAUGGUCGAUUAUCAGACGAAAGGUUACGCUCAUAAAGCUACACAACGGGAACUGGAAGAAUCCGACCCCAAACGCGUCUGGUACCUACCGUUAGGGGUGGUCGUAAACCCAAGAAAACCCGAUAAACUUCGCGUAGUGUGGGAUGCAGCCGCCGCAGUUCAAGGAGUCUCGUUCAAUUCGGUACUCCUCGAAGGACCGGAUUUGUUGGUACCCCUUCAAACCGUGCUUUGUCGCUAUCGUCAGAGGAACAUUGCCAUCAGCGCCGACAUAAUGGAAAUGUUCCAUCAGGUGCAAAUACGACCGGAGGAUCGACAAUCACAGAGGUUCCUGUGGAGAGACAACCCAGCACAGCUAGUGCAAGUUUUCGUGAUGGAUGUGGCCAUUUUUGGUUCCACGUGCUCGCCGUGCUCCACCCAAUAUGCCAAGAAUGUCAACGCUGACGAUCACGCAGAGGAGUUCCCGAGAGCAGCCGUUGCGAUCAAGGAGAACCAUUAUGUCGACGACUAUUUGGAUAGCGUCGACAGUGUCGACGAGGCAGUGCAACUGGCAACCGAUGUUUAAACGGUACAUGAACGAGCAGGAUUUAAAAUACGACACUGGACGUCGAACUCUCCAGAAGUUCUCGAGCGAAUAGGAGAACACAAUACCCAAGCAGUGAAAAGCUUCGUGAUGGACAAAGGCAGCCAACAGGAACGCAUCCUGGGAAUGGUCUGGAUGCCCGGCGAGGACAUG